CACCGCCCUUCCCGGGCCGAGGUGGGAGCAAGAGCAGUGGAGUCCCGGGAGGUUCCGUGGGGCCGCGCGUGUUCCCGCCCAUAGGGUUUAGAGUGGCCACAUCUCAACGCGCCCCGCCCCUACCGCCAGCCGCGCGGACUGGGCGGGGCAUCCCGGGAGGCGCGCGCUUAGCUCUGGGUAGUGGCGGGCGUGGCGGGCGGCUGCCCGGGUUGUGCUUGGACCUGGGAUCUGAGAUGCGGCCACUGAACUGGUCUGCGACUCUUGGGUGUGGCUGAAGGAUGGCGACUGUGCGGGUGGCCGUGAGGGUGCGGCCCCUCAGCAAGAGGGAGAGCAAAGAAGGAGGAAAAAUUAUUGUGGAAAUUGAUGACAAAGUGGCAAAAAUUAGAAGUUUAAAGGUGGGCAGUCGACCUGAUGGUUUUGGAGACUCCCGGGAGAAGAUUGUGGCAUUCAGCUUUGAUUACUGCUACUGGUCAGUAAACCCAGAGGACCCUCAGUAUGCAUCUCAAGAUGUGGUGUUCCAGGAUUUGGGGACUGAAGUAUUAUCUGGUGCUGCUGAGGGCUAUAACAUCUGCCUUUUUGCCUAUGGACAGACAGGCUCUGGGAAGACGUAUACAAUGUUGGGGACUCCAGCCUCUGUUGGGCUGACACCUCGGAUAUGUGAGGGUCUCUUCAGAAAGGAAGACUGUGCCUCACUGUGUUCCUCCUGUAGGAUAAAAGUGAGUUUUCUGGAAAUCUAUAAUGAACGAGUACGUGAUCUAUUGAAGCAGUCUGACCAAAAAAAGUCCUAUACCCUUCGGGUCAGGGAGCAUCCAGAGAUGGGGCCCUAUGUACAAGGUCUGUCUCAACAUGUAGUUACCAACUAUAAGCAAGUAAUCCAACUCUUGGAAGAGGGAAUAGCAAACAGAAUCACAGCAGCUACCCAUGUUCAUGAAGCCAGUAGCAGAUCCCAUGCCAUCUUCACUAUUUAUUACUCACAGGCAAUUGUGGAGAACAACCUUCCCUCCGAGAUUGUAAGCAAAAUCAAUCUUGUGGACCUAGCAGGCAGUGAAAGAGCAGACCCUAGUUACUGUAAAGACCGGAUUAUUGAAGGAGCCAAUAUCAACAAGUCCCUUGUGACUCUCGGAAUUGUCAUCUCUACUUUAGCCCAGAACUCCCAAGCAUUCAGUAACUGCCAGGGCCUCAGCAGCUCAGCCAAUAGCAGUGGUGACAACAGUGGGAUCACCAGCAAUGGGGGACCCUCCCAGAGGCAGUCUUACAUCCCAUACCGGGACUCUGUGCUGACCUGGCUGCUGAAGGACAGCCUUGGAGGCAACUCGAAGACCAUCAUGAUUGCUACUGUGUCUCCUGCACACACCAGCUACACUGAGACCAUGAGCACACUGAGAUAUGCAUCCAGUGCCAAGAACAUCAUCAACAAACCACGGGUCAAUGAGGAUGCAAAUGUGAAGCUCAUCAGAGAACUCAAGGAAGAAAUCAGGAGGCUGAAAGCCAUGCUGCUGAGUUUCGAGCUGAGAAACUUUAGUUCCUUACAUGACAGGGAUGAAAAUCUGAAGGAACUUGUUCUCCAAAAUGAAUUGAAGAUGGACAGACUGACCAAAGACUGGACCCAGAAGUGGCAUGAGUGGCAGGCCCUCAUAGAACUCUACAGUGUGGACAUCAGCAGGAGGAAGGCUGGGGUGGUCAUUGACUCUCGCCUGCCGCACCUGAUGGCCUUGGAUGAUGAUGUGCUCAGUACAGGUGUUGUGCUCUACCACCUCAAGGAGGGGACAACAAAAAUAGGAAGGAUUGACUCAGACCAGGAACAGGACAUUGUUCUUCAGGGUCAGUGGAUUGAGAGAGACCACUGCACAAUCACCAGUGCCUGUGGGGUAGUCAUUCUCCGGCCUGUGCAGGGGGCACGAUGCACAGUCAAUGGCCGUGAGGUCACUGCCUCUUGCCGUCUGACCCAAGGAGCUGUCAUAACUCUGGGGAAAGCUCAGAAGUUUCGAUUCAGCCACCCAGCAGAGGCUGCUGUCUUGCGGCGGCGAAAGCAGGUUGGAGAGGCCAUUGGCAGCAAUGGCUCUUUGGAAUGGUUGAACUUGGACGCAGAUGUCACUGCCUCUCGCUUGGGUCUCUGCCCUUUCAUUUGGAAGGAAAGGAGAGUUCUAGAAGAGCUAAGUGACAAGGACCGCCACCCACCAAGGGAUGGAGAGAGAUCCCACAGAGCCCAGAUUCAGCAGUGGCAGUGCUGUGUGGCGGAUUUGAAGCAGGGGAUACAAGCAGAGCAGAUUGGAGCCAAGAAAAAGCUGGAAUUUGACCAGAUUGGCACCCGCCAGAAGAUUGGAGAUAACCAACAGUGGCCGUUUAGAGAAGAGACUUGGCUGGCCAACUUACAGGAGCAGCAGAAGCAGCAAGACAACCUCGGAACAAAGAAAGAAUCUGAGGCCUCAGUAGCACUUGAUACUCAGCUUCAGACAGAUUCUGAGGCUCCACUGCCCCCACUGGUCCGAAGCCAGAAGAAUAGGCUGGUGCAGCUGCAUCUCCCACAGAGACGUGUCCCUCAGGCAGGGAAGCACAACAUCCUGAGAAAAAAGGCCUCAUUGCAGUUAGACGGGUACAUCAAGAAGCUGAAGCUGCUGGAGGUCCUGGAGAGACUGAAGCAGCUCACAGCACUGUCUUGGCUUCAGGAUGACAGCACCUACCAGUCCCCACGUUGGGUCCCUACCUCUGAUGCUGCAGCCCCAGAGUCUCCAUGUAGAAGCAGAUCGACCAGUGACAGUUCUCUGAACUGCCAGACGCUUGGCGGCCAGCAUUUGCCCCCACUGCACAGUGCUUUCCUGAAUGGGGAUCUGUCUACCAUGUUACCACCUAUGCCUGACCCUGCUCAUCAAGUGUCAGAGAAAAUCACACUGGCAGGCCAUGUUUCCCUGGCAUCUUCUUGCCUUCCAAGGAUAAGAUGUCUCCAUAGGAGUGGCCUUUGUCUCUCAGGCCAGGGGCAUGGCCCCUGCAUGGCCAAGAAAGACACCACAGCUCUAGGCACCUGCCUUACUGUGAGCCACAAGUCUGUCGACAUCCAGGAAAUGCAGAGCAUGGGUAAGCAACUAUCUCAGAUGGUGUUCCAGGGCUUAACAUCUUUCUGUCAAUCAACUGACAAGCUAAAGUCAAGAGAUGGACCAAAGACCUUCACUUCUGCUACCCAGGUCAGAAGGGAUAAGGGACUACCAAAUUCUGGCAGUGCACAAGCUGUCUCACAAAAAGAAGGGAAUCUUGGAGUCCACAAGGCUGCUAAGGGAGCCAGUUAUAGUUACUACUAUCCUCGUGGACUUAAACAGGUAGCUGGGCUUGGGAGAGUAGCCAAGACUUUUCGAACGGAAUCCAAACUACCUCUUCUAGGCAGGGAAUCAAAAAGGCUUCAGAAGGUGCUGGCCACAAGGGUCAGAGACAUUGCAAAAAAGUAUUGUCCUUUACCUCAUGGCCAUCCUUUGAAAAAACAGCACAGAGCAAGAGACCAAGAUGCCCCACACACAGACUCAAGCCCAGUGAUGGACUGUGCAAGAGGAGAAGAUAAUUUAUCUGACACAGAUAGCAACUGCUCAGUGGAUUCUCUGUCUCAUGCCUAUGCCAAAGCAUCACUGAAAGAACCACUGAUACUGGAGCACCCUCGGGGGAAGUGGUACCUCCCAGAGUCAGAGAACUCUGAAAGUCACAACAGCCAAAUAUCUGAAGACUCACUGGUUGAGAAGAGAGACCAGAGCUCAAAAGAAAACCUAGGGGGCAGUCAUCCAACCAAUGAACGUAGCUGCCUGAAGACCGGAACUAAAGCUUCUAUGAGAGGAUUUCUCAUGCCCUCAGACAGUGGCUUCCUUGCUCGGGCUCAUAGAAGCUUUUCAUUAGACAGCCUGAUUGAUGCUGAGGAAGAAUUAGAAGAAGAUCAGCAAGAGGAACCUUUCCUUGGUUCAGCUGAUGAGAUGCCCACAGAGAUAUUUUGGCACCUGCAGAAACCUAUAGUGGACCAGGAGACAACAUACAGAUCUGGGCCCAUCAGCCACAGAGCAAAGAUGGAGUUGAAUACCAUCCUACCAUUAAACAGUUCAUUUUACCUUAAUCCUCAGGUCCACCCUCAUAAGGAGUGGCCUGAGUCAGAGCUAGAGGCCAGGUACCCAGAAGGAACCAGCUCUUUCCAAGACAUACAGCUUUCAAGAGGGAACUCUCGGGUGUCUAUAGAUUCUUGGUUUUCCUGUGACUCUAAGAUCAAUCCUAGCAGCCCUCCAGGAAUAGAGGGUUCUUCACUGCUAAUCCCUGAUGUCCAGAAUGCCCAGCCCUCUGAUGAAGAGAGAUUUCAAUACCUGCAGAAUAUUAAAGAACUAAAGCCACCAGGUGCAGAAACAGUUCUGCCAGGUAGCUUGAAACUGCCUCAAGGCAGUACUGAGCUACCCUGCAACACAGGAGAUGUACUCACAGCCUUUGCUUCUGGUACUUCCAAGUUGUCACUUUGGAGAACUCAAAGACUUCUUCAGCCAGUAACUGAUGACCUCCUUCAGAGAGGAGGUAACCCUGAUACAACCCAACCACGAAACUCUGAAGUUUCUAGUGUGUCAAGUGAGCCUGCUGCCUCUGGCACCUCAUUCAUUUAUGUAGGAAGCACUCAUGAAGGGGACUGGGCUGCCCUUCAGCAAAAGUACCUUCUUGAACUCUCUCAACCUGUUUUGGAGGCUGUCGGAGAGUCUAGGCAACCCUUCCCCUACCUUGAGGAAGACUCUAGUUCCCUCGCCAAAAAUUCUGACAAAGGAGGAGGUAUUCAACUGUCAGUUGGUUCUGCGAUGUCUAGCAGUCAGAAUUUGAAUGAAUUUCCAAUCCAUCUCUCCAAAACCAGGCAUUUGAGAGCAGAGAAAAAACAGGACAGUUUGAGUGCCAAGUUGGAAAAUGCUUCAGAUUUCGUUAGUACUAGUGAGAAAGAGGUAAGUUGUAACGGAGCUUAUUCAGCUGACUUGGAAUCACUGGCUUCUGGAUCUACAAAUGUACAGAUUUGUGCCACAGAGAACAAGACAAUAUAUUCCUUAAAAGAAGCCUGUGAAGUCAGACACAAGAGCUUGGAAGAGUGCUGUCAGGGUAGCAGGAAACUUGGAGUGAUGACUGCCUCUGACAAGUAUGUUUUACAGAAAAAUGCUUGUUGCAGGAAUGUUGCCCAGGCCACCAAAGCAGACCAUUGGCCCCAAGGCCAGUGUCCUCUCAGAGAAAGUAGCUCAGUUCAGCAAGGACAAUUAAGUCACAACAGCAGCCACUCCCAACAGGAAGAGAAGGCAGAUUGCCAGAAGAACUCUGAGGAAGUAGUUGGAAGACACACAGAUGUUUCUUUUGCCCUUCCAUCAGGUCCAGAGCUGUAUCUCCAUUCUGCUCCCUGGAAUCCUUUUAUAUCCUCCCCACAGCCAUCUGUCUUGGAAACAUUCUAUGUGACCAAAAGUAGGGAUGCUCUGACAGAAACUGCCUUAGAGAUUCCAGCUUGCAGAGAAGUAUGGGUGCCUUCCCCACCCCCCUGUGAAGCCUGGGGCUUUAGUCAUGACCACCAAAUCCUAAAGAAAACUUACUUAAACAGUUUUCCAGUGCUGUUACAACCCCAGAAUUCCAAGAUUGCCUUUUCUCAGCAGGUCACUGCAGAGAAGCCAGUUGAUCUGAACACCAAUGAAGUUACUGAUAAGUUAGGAGAAUGUGCUGAAAAUACUAGAAAAGAAAGCCAUAAUUCAGUUCAUUUUCUUGUUGCUCAGAACAGACAUUUUCUCCCUUUUACUGGCACAGAAGUAUUUGAGCUUGAAAAUGAAGUUGGAAUUUUAAAUAAUAAGCACACUCUUCCAGUACUUCAAGAAAGAGAAAAGGCUCCUACCAAGUCCUGUUGGAGUAUUUUUUCAGACAACUCUGGAUCUGGGAAGCCUUUCAUUUUCAUUUAUGAACCUGAGAUAAGUAGAAAAAAGCAGGCUCAGAUUCAGGCCCAUGAUAUGAGCAGACAGCUUCCUUCUGAAUCGAGGUCUGAUUUCAUCUGUAAAACCAUUGAUUUAGGCCUAGAGAAGGACACACCAGGGGAAACAGCUGUUUUUAUGAAGUCCAGAUCAGUAUGUGAUAGAGUAACCAGCUCCACAGUUACAGCCCAAGAAACUGGGCUCCUUGGUGAAACUGUCCAUCCCAGAGACAGCCCAGCAGAACUUAAACUCUCAGAGAGAGUAUCUACCUGUGAAAGAGUCCCAUCCGUUAUUUGCUAUCAGGAAAGUGGCCCCAGUGAAUGUCAGGGCCCCAAAAGAUCACAAGAAAUGUUAAACUCCAAAAAAGAACAUUUGAGAAAGAAACAGUUCAAAAGAUUUAAUAAUGCUGAUGAAAUGGCUAGGCUGAUUAAAAGUGUCAUGCAAUUGGAAAAUGGCAUCUUAGAAAUUGGAUCCAAGCAGAAUAAACAGCUUUAUGCUUCCCACACACCAGGAGUUAGUGAGGAGGUUGUGUCCCAAGAGAGAGCUGACCAUGACCUGAGGCCAGGAAGCUCUGGAAACUAUUUGUCCUGUAAGGAUCAGUCGUCAUCUCCAAGACGGGCAGAUGAUGUAGUCUUUAGAGACAGUGAAGCUAGGGAAAUGGAGACUAACAGAACCACUGGGAACAAGAACCAGGUCCAGAAAAUGCCUCCAAGCCCCGUCAGAUCAAGGGAAUGUGUACAAGAGAGUCAAAUUGUGGUAGAGCAUACCCACCGAGCUAGAGUAGGUAGGUCCCCCAGGGACAUGGGUGAUUCUUCAGGGAGAGGUACAGCUUGCAAAAAGUCCACCAGAACUACCCUUCACCAAAAGAGAAUGAAAGUGUUAUGUAGAGCUCCACCCUUGUAUCCCUGGCUGGAGAAUUCUGGGAAGGAAGUCAGGCUGGUACAAGCAUCAGCAAAGUUUAAGGAGCAGCCCUGGGGCUUGGAAAAUCUUGAGGACUUGGAGACUGUGGAAGUUUUUCAGGAAAGCCAAGUUACUGAGUGCAUAAAUAGUUCCAAGCCAAACAGCCCAAGGGCUCAAGGUGAAAUUGAAGAAAUGGCCUUGCAGAUGGGAGGGAGGCCAACAGACAAAAGUAAUAUGGUCUCAUUGACUCAGAAGCAUCCUGGCCCAAACCAGCAUUCUACGUGCAUAUAUUUUAGCCAGGAGACUAUCUCCCCAUUACUGAGCCAGACAGACUUUUCCAUGGCCCCUUCUAAUCGAAACCUGAGCAAUACCUUGUCCUUGCCUUCACCAAAGCUGCCCGGAAGCUGUUUUCAAGCCCCUGAUACUAUAGGCAAUUCUUUAGUUGACCAUGUAUUAGAUCCCACAAUAUUGAAAAUUCCUGACAGUCCCUCAGAACAUGGAGUAGGGUAUGACAGCCAGAGUAGAGAGAACAGAAGGCCCCAUGUGCAGGGAGAAAUUAGAAGGGGCUCUUCUGCAGCAUACUCAGCUUGGGAUGGGGAUGUGAGGCCCUUGGAUUUGGAAUUGCAUGGUCAGUCUGAUACAGCAGAGAGUGUUCCCCUUGGAACACAGGAGAGGAUAACAGUAAACACCAGCCCCAAAGACCAAGGAGGGGACCUUGGAGUCACUUCCAUAGAUUUGAGUGCUCAGGAAGGUUUUGGCAGUGAAACUGAGGCAGCUGUACAAAAAGAAAUACCAGCCACUCCGUCGAAAACAGUCUCUACACAACUUGACAAGAGGGUCAGCUUCUCCUUAGAAGAGGAGGAUGACCAAAGUAGAGGAGCAAGGCAGAAGUCACAUGAAACUGAGGACCAGGGCCCUGCCAGUAGAGCACACUCGGCAUCUAUUUCCAUGCCGAGGGUGCCUGAUCUAGAUCCCAGAGUGAUUGAGACAUCUGUCCAUGCAUCAAUUUGCCUUGCUAUUUUGGAGGAGAUCAGACAAGCAAAGUUCUGGAGAAAGUGGCCUAGUGACUUCAGGGCUGAGAAUGCAGUCCUUACUUACCGUGAAACUUCAGUAGAACCUGAGUGUUCUUCAGGGGAUCCUAACAGGACUCACACUGAGCAAAUCAACCAGUUAACGCAAGGGAGAACCAGGCAUAAAGGUGAAACCCCAGAAGGCCAUGUAGCAUCUCUCUCUGCUGCACCACAACAUCUGUUGGCUGAUAAGAGGAAAGAUCAAGCCACACACCUCUGUAUAGAUGGCUCUGGAUCUCUGCCCAGCUCUGACAUGAACAGUGAGCCCCAGCUUCCUCCACAAUCUGCCUCUUUUGCUGCACCUGCUCCAGGCAAAAGAUACUGCCCUAGAGAUCUAUGGUCUUUCCAGGAAUCAAGGGAAGGGUUUGUAGAUCACUCUAGUUCCUCUACAAUCAUAGAGAAGAAGAAGGAAGUAUUCAGAACCCCUUCCUCUGCUGGUCCUUUGAUCUUGGACAGGCUUCUUCCUCCAGGAGCUGUGGAGGCAGACAGAAUGGUGGGAUCAGAGAAAGCAGUGUCUGCCUUAUCUUCUCAGGCCCCUCAUGAUGAUCCUGGGCCAAUUCUGUGUGGGCAGCGUUCGUUAGCUGCAUGGCACACUGGAGAGGGCAUGUCUCCUGGCAGUUGCACCAGCAGCCCAGAGCACCAGGAGCCUGAGGCAAUAGAUACCACAUAUGGAGAACUCUCAGGUAACUUCUUAGUUACUGCACAAGGCAGAAAGACUGCCCUCUUUGAAAGUCAGUCUGUGAUACGUAGUGUUGAGAGAUCUUUAAGCUUUUCGGAGAUCAAGCAAGAUCAUAACCAGUGCCCUGAGGCUUCUACUGGCUUAGAAGAUGUGAGGGCAAAUCCAGGACAACAGGUUGUUUUGCCUGGAGCCCAAAGAAAUGCUGAACUGGAAUUCCCUACACAACAGUCUGUGAAGUGGGAGGAGAAUGUUGGGGUUAGGAUUGGCAGCAAAAAUCUCAGGCCAACUCCAUUGCUAGAUCAAAGACCUGGCCCAGACCCUAGGAGAGAUGAGGCUCUGUGCAGAGGUCCAGAGGAAACAGGAGAUUGCCCCAUCCUGCCUGGGGCCACAGAAGGCAGCAGGGCUCUCAGCACAGUGAGGGAUGCAGAAGAGAUCAAAACUGUGCCUUGCCAACAAUUGUGCUGUUCUCAGACCACUGCUGCUCACACCUGUUCCUCCCAUUCUUCCACUCUGCUUUGUCAUAGACAUGGUGACCUUGGGACGAAUUCACAGGCUGUCCCAUGUCCUGUCUACCCACCUUUCAUUGUACCAUCCAGGGCCUGUGAAAUGGAUGAGAUUGGAGAGACCUCUUCCAAGGAAGCUGACAUGUUCUUGGCACAUGGCUCUGAGCCCAAAGGCAUGGACUUUGGGCCUGCAGAUGGCGUGCUUGGGCCCUCCACUGCAGCUGCUGUUGGAUUGCCUCCUCAAGGCUGCAGCUCCCUCUGUACUUCCUCUGUGAGGACACAUUCCCUCACUCCGUCAGCUACUAAUGGAAGCUUAAGGACUGUAGAGGAUCUUGAAGAAAAGGUUGCUAAGAGGAAAGUCAGCACAGAAUUUGAGUCUGCCCCUUGCCUUGCAGGCAUGCACUCUGAGCCACUCAGGAACCUCAGGGAUCAUUUUGUAGGUGGCCAAAAUGCACAGGUGUUUCAGACCAAGCGAGAGCCACCUGCAGAAACUCAGGGACCACACAUUCAGAGGUUAAGUGAAGAGUUUAUUGAGAGUGAGCAUGGGUGCUUAGAAAAUAGCAGAUGCCUUUCAGAAAAGCCACAACCUUCCACUGAAUCCAGGGAUCCUCCAGCCAAGUUUGUAGCAAAACACAUCUGUAGUUCCCAAGGUGAUAGUCCUUGGGAAGACAAAGAACAACAGAGAGACUGGCCUUCAGGAGGUGGUAAAGACCGUCCCCAGGGCAGGAAUCUCCCACUUCCUGAUCAAGGUAGCUUGAAUAGCCAUCACAUUAGAGGUGCUGAAAGAGAGGAAGUGGCUGUGACCACGUUUCCUGCAUCCCAGGCUUACUUAGCAGGCUUCGAAGACCCAGCUCCUAUGCUGUUGGGGCACAGUGAAGUACAACAGCCUGCUGCCCAGAGGCCUGGGCAGCUUUACUCCAAUGAAGAGCAGUCAACUCCCCACCACAGGUGCUCAUUUCCUAUGACUGCAGUCUUCUCUGGUCCCAAACACUCCUCCAGGUCCAACCCCAGAUCCCAGUUUUCUGUGGUGAGCUCCUCUCAAUCUCUUCAGGAGCUAAACAUGAGGGUGGAGCCUCCAUCCCCAGAUAAGGAUGCACAGGGGCUUCACGGGUUGUGGAAUCCACACCUCCCAGGCUAUUCCUCAGCAAAGAUGAUGACAGGAACACCUCUGAAGACUGAGGAUUCCAAUCCAAUGGACCCAUUUAAAUUAAACAGUAGCCCUGCUGAUCACAUGCCACUGAAAAGCGCUACCCCUCCUUACCCAGUGUCUUCCACAGUGUCUGGCAUGCCGACUCCUGAUUUCAUGAACAGCUGGGUGUCUGGUACUAUGGUUCCACAAGGAGAGCCAGAGAAACUGGAUGUCCAGGUUAGGUCAGAGAAUGGACAGAUAGACAAAGGAAUGUUAUGCUUGGGUUCCAGUGAUAUUAAUCCCUGCUUCCCACCAUGGUGCCCUGAAGGGCCUAUGCACAUUGGCUGGAAGCAAUAUGUGUUUGGAAGGGCAGUCAAUGUCCCCUGUAGUCAGAAAGCCCUUGGUCCAGUGCCAUCAAAUGUAGCCUGGUGUUCCAGCAUGGACAACAGCUUAGGGGACCAGAACCCCCCAUUCCUCAGCACUUAUACCCAAACCCAGGACUUGUCAAGCACACAUGGCAGCACUGAGAAUGUACAGGAUUCCAAUGAAACCUGGAACAUAUUGGGUACCUCAUUUGCCUUGGGGUGCAACCCUAGUGGUCCUGACAAAAUACCCCAGUUUAAGGAUCCAACCAGUAAAGCAGGCUGUCUAAAGAGUGGGCUCCCUCUGGCUGAAGGAAGUUCUGUAGGUACAGUAGAUGAGAUUGUGCUGCUGUAUCCUUCUGAGACUGACAGCCAUUUGGCACGUGCCAGGACAAACACCUAUGAGCAGGGCACACAGACCUCAGGCUGCCAGCUCCACCAGAGCUGUGCUGAUGUCUUCUCUGCUCAGCCUGACACUAGUGUGGUGUCACCUUGUGACCUGGCCUCCCUGGCCAGCAUGCACAACCUGUCUCUCCACCUCUCCCAGCUCCUAAACAGCACCUCAGAGUUACUUGGAAGUCUUUCCCAUCCAGGUGUGGCCAAGGAACAGACCUCCAAGAGGGACCCCUCAGCUGGGGCCCUACAUACUCUCAGAUUGGACAGUGGGACUCAGACCUGUGUGGAGAAGGACAGCCAGACUGACUUAACCUUACCCCCUCUGCACCUACAGGCCCCAGAGGCCAAAACUCAGGAAGUCAUUGUAAUCCCUGAAGUGCUGAGCUCAGAUACUACACCUGAGUCUCAAGUCACAGGAGCCCUUGAGAGAGACGCAGAGGAAGUGACAUGGAAAGCCACUGUGCCUUCAGAUCUUCAUGAAGAAAGUGCCCACUGUAGACUAAGAAGCCCUCCAGUGCCUUCACUCCACUUGAGGUUUCAGAAAGCCCUUCGAGAGCAGAACCUCUCUUCUGUGAGUCCACCAGCUUCUCUUGAUGCUUCCCAGGCAAGGGACGCCUCUUAUGUGAUUGUAAACAACACCAGCCUCAGCACAUCUCACACCCCAGGGCCUUUUCCCACUGCCUCAGAGUCUGCCAAGGAGCCUCAGGUCCAGGAGAAGCUGGAUCCCACGAGUGCCUUGGUGGACAGGGCCUCCUCUCCAAUCCUCACAUUUAGUGCCAGCACCCAAGAGCUGGGUCCUCCCCUCGGCUUUUUGACUUUCUCAGCAUCCUCGACCUGUCCUCUGGAAUGUCACCAGAAGCUUGACUUCAGCCCAAGACCUGCAGCGGACAGUUGUUCUCAAAUCACUCAUGAACCAGGUGGCUUCCAGCCAGUGGAAGCUCUGGGUGGAAAAGGCAGUAGUAAGUCAUUCUUGGAGUCAAGUCCCCCAUGCAGCCCACCACAGAGCCUAAGUGUCCAAGUUAGCUUCUUGGAGCAACCUCUUCAGCAGCCUCAGCCAAGUACCACCACUGGAGGCCAAAGCAGCCCGCCACCUCCACCCCCAAGGCACUGUGGCCAGAAACUGACUGACAGCUUUGUGUCUGUAGAGGCGGUUCUCCCAGAGCACGGCCCACGGAGCAGUCAGGGGCCAAGUCAGUGGCAGAGCAGGCCUAAAAAUGGGGGUGAGAGUGCAGCACCUCUAGUGGAGCCACAAUUCCCUGAGGAUCUCUCCUCAUCAUGGAAAGGCCCCCUACACCAUAACUCCUGCCCUGCUGCUGAGCUAACUGAGCCUGCAGGGACACGAGGUUCUACUGCUGGCUCACCCCAGGCCUGCCACCUUCAGGGAGUGUUGUGUCCUGGUUCCCAGAUGUGUAUGGCCCCUGAACCCCACCAUUGCAGCCUAAGGCAGCUCCCAGUGCAUAACAAAUUUAGUAACUGGUUUGGGGUUCAACAUGGCUCUCGGGGGCUGGGUGUGAAUGAACUGGAGGCCAGUUCUGAUCUCAGCUCUGGAGAGCAGGGGCAGAUGUUCCCACAACUGGACAACCAGAAUCCAGAUCCUGAAUGGUCCCCAAGGGAGCAGGUCUCCCUGCAAGUUGGAGCUCAGAGCACCCCGCUCAGUGUAGAACUCACAGAAGCAAAGCUGCAUCAUGGCUUCGGGCAGGCAGAUGCCUUGCUGCAGGUGUUGCAGCGAGGAACAGGUGCCGCACUUGCUCCAGAUGAGGCUGUGAUGUCCACCAGGGAGGAGUUCCAUGCUCGGCAAAGACAAACUGCUGAGACCCUCAAAAGAGAACAAGCUGAGCGACUUCAGAACUUCCGCAGGACACGGAGCCUAAGCCCCCACAAAGGACUGAGCCUCCAGCCUAACAGGGCUUUCCCCUCCUGGGACCUGGACUUACCCAGCAAGCGCCGAGAAUACUUGCAGCAAUUGAGGAAGGAUGUGGUGGAGACCACCAGAAGCCCAGAGUCAGCUCUGAGUUCUGCCCACCCACCCACUGACAUGGAGCGGAUGCUGCGGAACUAUCGUUGGGCCCGUGAGAAAGCCAAGGUGGAGAUUGCCCAGGCACGGGAGCGGCUCCGAGAGCGGACUGCACAGGAGAAGCUUCGAAUCCACCAGCAGAUUGUCUCCCAGCUGCUGAAGGAAGAAGAAAAACUACAUAACCUGGCCCACUCCAGCUCCCCAUGCACCAGCUCCAGCGGCAGCCUUUCGUCUGGAAUCACCUCCGGUUAUAAUAGCAGCUCAGCCUUGUCGGGCCAGCUCCAGUCCCCCGAGAGUGUGAGGGACUCUCACUUGCCUGGUUCCAGAGAAACCUGGAUGGUGAAUGGGCGGAGCCGGUCUGCAUUCAGGAACAGUCACAUGUACCUGGCUGGAUCUACCCUGAAGAGCUCAGCCUACGGCCACAGAGGCUCCGUGGGCACUUGCUGCUGGUCGCCAUCCAGCCUGUCUAGCUUGGGAACCUGCUUCUCCUCCUCCUACCAGGAUUUGGCCAAGCACAUCGUGGACACAUCCAUGGCCGAUGUAAUGGCUGCUUGUUCAGAUAAUCUUCACAACCUCUUCAGCUGCGAGGCAACAGCAGGCUGGAACUAUCAAGGUAAGGAGCAGGAGGUACAGCUUUACUACAAGGAAUUUUCUUCUACUCGUCACGGCUUCCUGGGGGCAGGAAUGGUGGUCCAGCCGCUGUCUCACGUGUGGGCAGCUGUGAGUGACCCAACCCUGUGGCCCCUGUAUCACAAGCCCAUCCAGACAGCAAGGCUGCAUCAGCGGGUGACCAAGAGCAUCAGCCUGGUGUACCUUGUGUGCAAUGCCUCCCUGUGUGCGCUGAAGCAGCCGAGGGAUUUCUGUUGUGUCUGCGUAGAAGCCAAAGAGGUGCCUGCCUCACAGGGGCACCUGUCUGUCAUGGCAGCUCAGUCUGUGUAUGACACAUCUAUGCCAAGACCCAGCAGACAAAUGGUCAGAGGGGAAAUCCUGCCUAGUGCUUGGAUCUUGCAGCCUGUCACCAUGGGAGGGAAGGAAAUUACAAGAGUCAUCUACUUGGCCCAGGUAGAGCUGGGUGCUCCAGGCUUUCCCCCUCAUCACCUGAGUUCCUUUGUCAGACAGCAGCCUCUGAUUGUGGCCAGGCUGGCUUCCUUCCUUGGUAGCUAGCAUCGCCUUGUCAAGAUGGUGCUUCUGAACUGAUGCCACGGCCCUGAGGUGAGAAGAACCGAGGCUACCUUGGUUGCCUCUGGCACCUUUGCAUUGAGCACUUUGGGCUCCUGGCCCGAGCCGUUCAGCUGUCAACUCACCUUUUGGAUUUCUCACCUUUUUUUGCAUUCCUGGGACUCAGCCAUCAGAGUUGGGGAACUUUGGUGUUUUGGUGCAGCACCUCCUUAAUCCUGCCCUGUCCUACGGGAGAGCUGUCAGGAAGCAAGCAACCACCAGCCAGGACUCCAUUCUCCAUCUGCUUUCCUUUUGGCGGGCAGCUUGUCUGUGUGGUGGAGUUGGGACCAAAGCAGAAAAGAGUUAAAAAAAAAAAAAAAAAAAACAGCUGACCAAAUCAGAGUGCUGAUUCAGAAUCUUUUCUCCCUGGUGAAUUUUUGCAAAAUUUACUGUUUGUUUUGCCUUUUCUUUCCUUUCCUGACACGUGGGUCUUUGCACCAGAGCUAGGGGGCAUCAGAUUAGAAAUGGGUGGAUAUGGGGUAGAGCUAAGGACUGCCUCUUUGAGGAGCAGUGCACUGACAAGAGGAACUUCAUACUGAAAACUGAACUCUGAAGAUGGGAAGGAGGUGCGGAUGGGCAGUGGAGAUAAAGGAAUUGUCAGGACCUGCUCUGGCUGUCUUUGUUAAGGGUGGAGGUGAGUUUGUGCUAAUGGGGGACUCCCUGCUGUAGUGCAGUUGCUGCGUAUCCCUGCUGGCAAAGGGCAGUCACCGGGGCCUGAGCAGAUGUGGUAAAUCUGAGCAAGAGUGGUAAAUCUCUGUGCAGCACAGCAAGGAUUUCUGCUUCUGAGAAUGUCUGCAGAGCCUUCUUUUUCUCGUACCUCAUUAUUUAUGUAUUAUUGAAAGUUUUAAAAACUUGCUUUUAAAUUUC